AUCAUUAUCAAAGCCUUGCAAUUAAAUCCUCCUGCACACCAACAAUGAGUGGAUCCGGUAAAGGCCUUUUAGGCUUAUGGCUGUAUAGGAACGGGUCUGAGUGGGAAGUCAAGAAUGAGGCACCUCACCACCCAAAGUUAGCAGAUAUCCAAGCUGCGUCACAGCAAAACCAUGAUGGGGAGAGGAUCUCCGUUAUAUUCAGCGUGAAGAACCAAGUCGGUGGCUUAGUGCGGGUUCUCGGCGUGUUUCAAGACCUCGGUAUCAACGUUCUUCAUAUAGAGUCGAGGAAGUCUGCUAUGCAAGUAACUGGUUCUGACAUCCUGGUGGACGUGGAGUGCGACCCCCGCCGGAUGGAGCAGAUGAAGCGCAUGUUGAAGCGCGAGGUGCAGGAGUUCGAGGUGGUGUCCUCCCAAGCCGGAGACAACUUCCCGCCUCCCACGCCCUUGUCUGCUGCCGCCAGUUUUGACUUGGGUGAAAUGCACUGGUUCCCUCGGAAGAUAUCCGACCUGGACCGGGCGCAGAACGUGCUGAUGUAUGGCUCGGAGCUGGACGCGGACCACCCCGGCUUCAAGGACCCCGUGUACCGCAAACGAAGGGAGCACUUCGCCGCAAUCGCUAAUCAUUACAAAUAUGGGCAUCCCAUCCCGAAGGUGCAGUACACGGAAACCGAAAUCAAAACUUGGGGUAUCGUCUUCCGGGAGCUUUUCAAGCUGUACCAGAAACAUGCUUGUGAAGAAUACCUGGAGAACUGGCCACAGCUCGUCAAGUAUUGUGGUUAUAGAGAAGACAACCUGCCCCAGCUUGAAGACGUAAAUGUUUUCCUGAAGCGUAAAACCGGUUUCCAACUGCGCCCCGUGGCUGGCUACCUGUCUCCGAGGGACUUCCUCUCCGGCCUGGCUUUCAGGGUGUUCCACUGCACUCAGUACAUUCGUCACUCGUCCGAUCCGUUCUAUACUCCUGAACCCGACUGUUGCCACGAGCUGCUCGGCCACAUGCCUCUGCUGGCUAACCCCAGUUUCGCGCAGUUCUCCCAGGAGCUCGGGCUGGCAUCGCUCGGCGCUUCCGAUGAAGAUAUUGACAAGUUGGCAACGCUAUACUUCUUCACCGUGGAGUUCGGUCUGUGCCGCCAACACGACGGCUCGUACCGCGUGUACGGCGCUGGCCUCCUGUCGUCCGUAGCAGAGCUGCAGCAUGCUCUCACAACCCCAGCCAAGAUCAAGCGCUUCGACCCUGCCGUCACCGUGCAUGAGGAGUGCAUCAUCACGUCCUACCAGAACGCUUACUACUACACGGAUUCCUUUGAAGAAGCUAAAGAGAAAAUGAGAGCUUUCGCCGACAGUAUCCAGCGUCCGUUCGGCGUCCGCUACAAUCCAUACACGCAGAGUGUGGAAGUACUGAGCAACGCGCAGAAGAUAACAGCCUUGGUGCGCGAGCUCCGAGGCGAUAUCUGCCUCGUAUCAUCUGCUAUAAAGAAGAUCUCUGCCCAAGACUCCACCAUCGACGUGGAAACUAUCGCGAACAUGCUGCAUACUGGACUGCAGGUAAACGAGAGAAGUCCACAAAGUACUUCGGGAGGCAGUUCCCCCAACUCGGAACGGGGGCUAUCAGCCCGACCAGAAGCCUCUAAAUAAAUUAAACGCAAAAACCCCGCAUUUACACAUUCGCAAGGCGUCUCAUCUGUUUUUUUUUAAUUCAGUAUAGGCAAGCGCUUAACCACAAUCACACCUGAUGGAAAGUAAUGAUGUGGCCUAAGAUGGGAUGUAUUUACCU